CAACAGCUGCAAUCCUACAUCACGUGGGUGAAUUCACAGCUAAAGAAGAAGCCGGAAGUUCAACCGGUGCAGGAUUUGAGGCGCGACCUCCGCGAUGGCGUGGUCCUGGCGUCUCUCAUUGAGAUUGUGGCUGGAGAGAAACUCCUUGGUGUGGAAGAGUCGCCUGCCAACCAGCAGGCCAUGAAGGAGAAUGUGGAGAAGGUCUUACAAUUUGUGGCGUCCAAGAAGAUCCGCAUGCACCAGACCUCGGCCAAAGACAUCACGGAUGGAAAUCUGAAGUGUAUCAUGAGGUUGGUCCUUGCGCUGGCCGCUCACUUUAAGUCCGGACCCGGAAAAACCGCUCCGCCAAGACCUGCGGAGGAGACCCAGCCGGGGAGCCGAACCUGGCUGGCCCGUCACAGGCCUCGCUCGGCUGUGGCAGCUGCCCAGGAGGCGGUGGCCGCCCUAGCAGAAGCGCGCCAGGAUGUCGCGGGAGUGGGCCGUGGUCACGCCCUCCAGCCGCACCCCAGAAACAGCCCCCUGCGCGGAGAGAAUGAGCGGCCUCACUGGAGCGUCCGAGCGCUCGUCCAGCAGUAUGAAGGCCAGCAGAGCAGCGGCCCUUCAGAGUCCUCGUCCUCCAGGUAA